AUGGCCGAGUUGUUCAUCGAGGACGCGGACCUGGUGAACCUCAAGGGCAAGGUUGUCAUUGUCACAGGUGGUUCAUCCGGCAUCGGUCUCGCAACCGUCAACCUGCUCUUAUCCCACGGCGCAUCCGUCGUGAGCGCAGACAUCAACUCGCCCCCCGAGCAAGCCGCUACCACGUCGGGAGGAGGCGCAUUCCUCUUCGUCAAGACCGACGUCGCCAGCUGGCGGGACCUGUGCGCCCUGUUCGCCGCGGCGCAAGCCCAGUACAGCCGCAUCGACGGCGUCUUCGCCAACGCAGGCAUCGGACCCCGUGCGAACUACCUCGCCCUCGAGACGAGCGACGACGACGGGGAGCUGAUCGAGCCCAGCACCCAAGCCCUGGACGUCAUGCUGCGAGGCGUGAUCAACACGGCGUGUCUGGCCGCCCACUACAUGAAGCAGCAGCAGCCGCCGGCGGGAAGCAUUGUGCUGAUGGGCUCCAGCACGGGUCUGCAGCCCCUGCGCAUCCCGGAUUACUGCAAGUCGAGAAAUCCUACCUCAUCCCCGAGGACCACCGCCAAACACGGCGUCCUCGGCUUCGGCCGCGGCUUCUCCCGCCUCAUGUCCGUCACAGGUCUCCCCAUCCGCGUCAACACGCUGAUGCCCUCGUGGACCGCCACCAACCUCCUGCCUGACAUCAGUGGCAUCGCACCCGGCGUCAGCAACACCGGAGCGGUGCAGGACGGGCCGAUCGUCGCGCGCGCGGCCGCCUUUCUCCUCGUCGAUGAGGCGCGACAGGGAGACGUCGUGUUCGUCCACCGAGGGAAGUAUACGGAGAUCGAGAAGGCGGUGCUGGCGCCCGCGCGUGAGGCUAUCCAGGGCGGGCCGGCGGAACUUAGCGAUGAUGAGGUUGUGGAGCGGAUCUUGGCGAGGAAUGCAUCGGUGGAGGGGUGA